AUGAAAAUAUUGAAUGUGUUUCUUCAUAGAGGUCGCAAUCUGAUAGCCUGACGAUUAUCUUGCAUCAAACUUAGCACCGAACGUGGUUUAAUUGACUGAGGAAGGAAAACAAAGCAACAAUGGGUGUUCGAAGCUUCAAUGAAGAAUGCAGCUACUUGGAAAAGAUUUCCUCCUGUUGCUGGAGAAUCAAAAAAGGCUUUGUUUCCAAUAUGAAGGUUGAGGGUCUCUUCUAUGUUAAUGACUACCUUGAGAAACUAAUGUUUGAUGAAUUGAGAAACUCCUGUCGACCUGGAAUGGUUGGUGGAUUUCUACCAGGAGUCAAACAGAUUGGUAAUGUUGCUGCCCUUCCUGGAAUUGUUGGUAAAUCAAUUGGUUUACCAGAUAUUCACUCAGGUUAUGGCUUCGCUAUUGGAAACAUGGCUGCCUUCGACAUGAGUGAUCCUCAAGCAGUGGUGUCUCCUGGUGGAGUAGGUUUUGAUAUUAACUGUGGAGUAAGGCUGCUAAGAACCAACCUCAUGGAAAAAGAUGUUCUUCCAGUGAAAGAGCAGCUGGCCCAAAACAUGUUUGACCACAUACCUGUUGGUGUGGGUUCAAAAGGAAUUAUUCCAAUGAAUGCUAGAGACUUGGAGGAAGCUUUGGAAAUGGGUAUGGAUUGGUCUCUACGUGAAGGCUAUGCAUGGGCUGAAGACAAGGAACAUUGUGAAGAAUAUGGGCGAAUGUUGAAUGCAGACCCAUCUAAAGUGUCAAUGAAAGCAAAAAAACGAGGACUUCCUCAGCUGGGAACAUUAGGAGCAGGAAACCAUUAUGCUGAAAUUCAAGUUGUAGACGAUAUUUAUGAAAAAAGUAAUGCCAGCAAAAUGGGAAUUGAGAAUAAAGGUCAGAUUUGUGUGAUGAUUCAUUGUGGUAGCAGAGGAUUUGGACACCAGGUGGCCACAGAUGCCUUGUUAGCCAUGGAAAAAGCCAUGAAGCGAGACAAAAUUGAAGUAAAUGACCGACAGUUAGCAUGUGCCCACAUAUCUUCCCAAGAAGGACAGGACUACCUCAAGUCAAUGGCAGCUGCUGCAAACUUUGCGUGGGUUAAUCGCAGUAGCAUGACUUUCCUCUGUAGGCAGGCUUUUGCCAAGAUCUUCAACUCCACGCCAGAUGAUCUGGACAUGCAUAUGAUUUAUGAUGUAUCUCACAAUAUAGCUAAAAUAGAACAACAUAUUCUGGAUGGUAAAGAGAAGACCCUUCUGGUUCACAGGAAAGGAUCGACCCGAGCUUUUCCUCCACACCACCCACUGAUCCCUGUGGACUAUCAGUUAACUGGACAACCGGUAUUGAUUGGUGGGACUAUGGGCACCUGUAGUUAUGUGCUUACUGGAACAGAGCAGGGAAUGCAAGAGACUUUUGGUACCACAUGCCAUGGAGCAGGAAGAGCUCUGUCUCGAGCCAAGUCGCGGAGAAACCUGGACUACCAAGAUGUUCUUGACAAGCUUGCCGAGAUGGGAAUUUCUAUCAGGGUAGCAUCACCAAAACUUGUGAUGGAAGAAGCCCCGGAAUCAUACAAGAAUGUGACUGAUGUUGUGAAUACUUGUCAUGCAGCUGGAAUCAGCAAGAAGUGUAUAAAACUAAGACCUAUUGCUGUGAUUAAAGGAUAAUUGUAAAAAUGAUCUUAUCAAGGAAAUAGUUACAAAUACUUGUAAGAAUGGAUCACGAAGUACCUCUUAAAGAUCUACAACUGUAUCUUUUAUUUUCAUGUCUCAAGAGGAAUUAAGACUGAGGCUGUUCUUUAUAUUAAAAUGCUAAUUUUCAGUUGUCAACUAAAGAAAGUAAUGUUUAUUUUAUAUAGCAAUAGAACCUACAAGUUAACUCUAACACUUCUUUGAGAAAAAAAUAAAUUUUAUUUACUUUCACACUUUUCCAAACUCAAAGUAUUGAGAAAUAUAAUAAAAUAAAUUAAUAUAAAGUAAGAUUUCUGCCCAAAGGUUUGUGUACGUAUUUUAUAAACAGCUCUGAACCUGAAAAAAUAAAUCAGAAUAUCCAUACAGACUUGUACUAUUCAAA